GAUCGACACAAGCACACAGCACCACGGAAAGUAUUGCUUGGUCUGAACUCGGAUUUCAUCAUGGUCAUUAUUAGUAACUUGUCUGUUGCUCGUUGCUCCGUCCUACAUGCUGCUUGUUACCAGUUGGUUGGUGGAAUGUAGCCUGUAAGGUGGCCCAUAUUGAUUCUUUAUCACUACCACGAUCGCCGCCGCCGCUGCCGCCCUGCUAUUCUGCGAUAGGCUGAGACCGGAGUCAUCCAGUUCAGGUCAAGGAAGCACGUACUCGCCCACCUCAUUCGUUAGAAGCAAGCUAUGAUUCCUCGUGUGAUCUUAAGAAGACUUAUAGAGAGGCACCAUGCUAGUUCCCGACAAGUCUUGGGAAUGGGGACAGUGCAUAGCCAGCACAGUUACCACAGUGAGUGGAAUAAGCAGCAACAGCACCAGUCAAGACAGAAACACCAAGUAUUGGCAACAUUGGCUGGAGCUGGAGCAGGAGUUGCCCUUUGGCUAAAAUAUAAUCAUCAAGCAGAUGCUGCAACACAGCAAUCAUCAGAAGAUGAAAUUUUAGAAAAAUAUGGAGCACAUCGCAAUGGUUUACCUGAGUAUACUCUUGACGAUGUGUCCAAGCAUAGCAAAUUGGAGGACAGGGUGUGGGUAUCCUACAGACAUGGAGUGUAUGAUAUUACUGACUUCAUUGCCAAGCAUCCAGGUGGAGAGAAAAUUCUGCUUGGUGCUGGAGGAUCAGUGGAGCCAUUCUGGUCCUUGUAUGCUGUGCAUAAAAGCCCAUAUGUGUUAGAUUUGUUUGAGGAGUACAGGAUUGGAAACCUGGCACCUGAUGAUGUUGGUGAAUCAGUGAGAAAUAUGGAUGAUCCUUAUAGCAAUGAACCUAGAAGACAUGCAGCACUCAAACCUUCCUCCAAGAAACCUUUCAAUGCAGAACCACCUUUGAUUCUCCUUGUGGACAGUCUCAUUACCCCAAAUGAAUUGUUUUAUGUGCGGAAUCACUUGCCCGUCCCAGAUAUUGAUGCUUCGACAUAUGAACUUGAAGUGUGUGAUGAAAAAUCAGAAAAAGAAAAGGUCUUGAUGCUGAAGGAUCUCAAGAAGUAUCCCAAACAUACUAUUACUUCCACCAUUAUGUGUGCUGGCAACCGCAGGUCAGAAAUGACAAAGGUCAAGGGAGUCAAGGGAUUAAGUUGGGGCCAGGCAGCUAUUGGAAAUGCAAAAUGGAGUGGAGCACGUUUGUGUGAUGUUCUCAAGGACAUGGGGAUUGAAGAUGGCAAGACAGAUGCUCUGCAUGUACAGUUUGAAGGACUUGAUACUGAUCCUGCUAACAUGCCCUAUGGAGCUAGCAUUCCAAUUGAAAAAGCAUUAGAUCCACAUGGAGAUGUAAUUUUGGCCUACGAAAUGAAUGGAGAACCUAUUCCUCGUGACCAUGGCUACCCAGUCAGAGUCAUUGUGCCUGGAGUGGUUGGAGCUAGAAAUGUGAAAUGGCUAGGAAGAAUUAUAGUUUCUAAAAAUGAGUCUGAUGCACAUUGGCAACAAAAUGAUUACAAAGGGUUUGCACCAAAUGUGGACUGGGACACAGUUGACUUCAAGAAAUCUCCAGCAAUCCAGGAAUUACCUGUCAUCUCUGCUAUUUGUGAACCCUUGGAAGGAGAAAGUGUCAAGGUGAAGAAUGGCAAACUAAAAGUUAAAGGUUAUGCCUGGAGUGGUGGUGGCAGAAAGAUUGUUCGAGUUGAUGUUUCAACUGAUGGAGGAAAGAACUGGCAGGAAGCAAAUGUUCUGGAGUCGGAUGAAGCAAGACAUCCUUGGGCAUGGGGCUGGACCAUAUGGACCGCAGAAGUGCCUGUGCUCAGAGGUGAGUCAGAAGCACAGCUGUGCGUCAAGGCAGUUGAUUCCCAAUACAACACUCAGCCAGAGAACUUUGAGAACAUCUGGAAUCUUCGAGGAGUAUUAGCUAAUGCCUAUCACAGAGUUAAUGUUAAGUUGAGGAAAUAAUUAUAUUUUAUAUCGGUGGUUAAUAUAGAAAAAAAAAUAUUUGUUAGCAUUUAUUUUUACAGAUCACUGUUCAUAUAUAUAUAUAUGUGUGUGUGUGUGUGUGUGUGUGUGGAAUGUAAAGAAGCCACAACCAAAUAGAGAAAUAAGUAUUUAUUUACAAAGUAUUUAGAUUAAUGUAGAACAUAUAAAGUAAGCCAAAUAGUAGGCUGGAGUUGGCAGACUGCAGGCAGGGUAGAGAGUAAAAAAAAAUAUAUAUGGCAGCAGUAUUUUCUCCCCCAUAGACUGCUACAGUGUCCACAAAAAUUACUCAUGACAUGCCUCUUAAAAUAUUGGUUUUGCUAGGCAGAAAACACAAAUAUUACUGCUACAACUCACUGUUGAUUAUACACAUUACAUUGCAAGCUUCAAGAAGUGUGAAGGGGUAGGCAGAAAAUUAUAACUUUCUACCAGUAUGCUCUAAGUAGUCACACAAUGAGGAUUGUACCACGACAUUAUUAAUUUUCCUCUCACUUUUAAUUUAGUAAUUAAAAGUAAGAGGAAAAUUAAUAAUGCCAUGUGGUACAAUCCUCAUUGUGUUAUUUUCUUCUCAGAAUUCUAAGUGGUUACUUGAUGAAAAGGUGCACAUUUUUUUUGACCAGGAAAGUAGAAAAUAUAUCCAUAAAAAUGUUAUAAGGACAGGAUAAGAUGUGAGGACUGUCCAUCGUCUAGUGGCAGCCACCAGAGAUGUGCUGUCAAACACUGUAAAUGGAGAGAGAAAAAAAAAAUCACCUUGAAGACUAUGGAAGACCUGCAAGGCCACAGACGUACAUUUACCUCUGUGGUCUUACAGACCUUCAUUGGCUUUUCUGUCCUCCUAAGUGUUAUCAGGUACUAUGUUCAGCACUGUAGCCAUCAAACAUUGGACAGUCCUCAGUUCACCCUCUCCUCCUCAUAAUUUCAUUCAUGGACAUACUCUCUGCCUUCCAGGCCAAAAUGUACACCUUUUCUCAUUAGAUAAGCUAGUGAAACUAAUCUUAGUGUCCUGAGAGAAAAAAAAAAAACUUUGAAGUAUUAAAAACCUUUAGGGAAAAUUAAGAAAGUUGUAUGGGAAAUUGAGCAAUAUUAGAGCAAAAAAGGUGGUACAGUUCUCACAAGAGUGUACUGGUAGUAGUACACUUCAUAUUUCUGCCAUUACUGGAUUAAGGAGUCGUUUUAUAACUAGAGCAGCAUCUUCAGUAAUUACAGUGAGUUUUAAGUCACCUAGAGAUAAUCACUGGAUAAUUUGAUCCAACAUCCCUCUCCCCCCAGUUAGUUUGGAUUAGAGUAUGCUAUAUAAGUUAUAUAGCAAAGUAAUUUUAAUUGAUAUCUUGAAGCUCAGCAACACUUGCAGUACCCAGAUUCUUUUUGGAAGAACUUGUGUAACAAAACUUGUUUCAAAAUCUAACACUAUUUAUGGGUGCUAUAUUCAGCACCACAUAAAGGCAUUUUGAAUUAAAUUAUUUUACAUUUUAGAAAAAAAAGUUUCCAGUAUGAUUGUGUGGCCAGAUUCCAGAUAAAAAAAAAUGCCAAGAAUAAUUAUAAUAUUUCACAUAAUAUGCGCUAUCAGAUGGCACGUGAAAGCAGUCCUCAUUCUGGUGUAAAGUGAAAUCUUAUGAACAAAUAUGGGUUUCAUUAAUCUGGAAUUCUAACUGCAGUCUGACCACACAGUGUUCUGGAAGCUUAUUUAAGAACAAAAUAAUUUAUUUCAGAGAGCCUUUACAUGCUGUUGAAUAUUGCAAUCAUAAAUAAAAAGUUCAAGAUUUUGGAGCAAUAUUUUAGGUACAUAAAAAAUAUUUCUUAAAUUUUUUGUCUUAUUAAUAUAAGACUUUGCAAACACCCCUGGAUUCUGCAAUCACUGCAGAAUUUCAUGAUAUUAAUCAAAAUCACUAACCUGGCAUAGAAAAUUAGCAAUUUGUUUUCUGCCAACUUGCAAUUGAAAUUGAGCUACUUUUGUGACAGUGAAUAGCAUCUUGGUGUCUAGAGUUGGCCACAUCACUCCACACCACAGGUUUUGCUUACAUUUUCUGUAGUUAACAUAUUUUGCAUAUUUUGACUUUGUUUUAUCACCACUGGACAGUAGAAUGAUAGUGGAUCAUGGCUCUGUUGAAUAAGUUUGAUUGAAGAUAAAAUAAUGAGAGUUGGUCAGAGAAGGGGUUAUAAAUGUUUAUACUACUUUUUAUUUAAAAAAAAUUGCAUGUGAUGAAUAAAUUUCUUGACAUGUAUCAUGUCUUCUUAACACACCAUGUUAUCAGGUUUUAAAUUAAAAAAAGAGAUAAGCAAUUUCCACGGCAAGUUGGAGAUGCUAAACAGCUGUUGCUCUGCAUUGUAAAGUAAACAUAGUGUGUCAUAAUCCAGAGUGAUGCUAUUUUGCUUCCAGUCUUAAAAACUUCAUCUUACUUUACCUAAAAUCUAAUAAUCAUGUUCAAAAGAAAUUUUGAAUCACAUGCCACAGUCCAUGUUUGCAGUAGUAGCUGUUCAGCUCUACAAUCAAUUUCAUGAAAAGAUCAUGAGAGAAUAAAAUGUUUAUUAAACAUCUUUAACCCAGUCCUUGAUGUUACAAAUAAAUAAGAAUUUAUUGUUAUUAUUAUUUUUUUUUCAAACUAUUUUUAAUUAAUUAAUUAAUAUAUUUAUUUUUACUUUAUUUUUAGUACUACAAAUCUAGUAUUAUUCUUCUGUUCAGCAAUGGAAAAAAAAGUACUAGUAUACAAGAUAAUGUGAACUCAAGAUGAGCAAAACUUAUGUGGAGAGUGCCAAUUCUACUAAAUCAAGUAGGGGUGCCUUAAGCUCCUAUUCACUCAGUGAUAAUGUUACAAAAUCUCCAGUUGUAAGCUAGGAAUGAACAGAUUAGUGUCAUUGGUAAAUCCUCCAGACAAAUUUUGGAAAACUAUACUGUACUCAUUUGAUAUGAAAGACUAUAUCCAUUCAGAGCCACAGAGUAUUUCCAAAUCAGUAUGUUGUAGAUGAGCAGCUGUAGUUUACAAAUAUGCUGUGGAUUUAUGAACAUGUAAGAGUUAUAAAAUAUAUGAGGCUGUGGUGAAAAAAAUGUUUGUAAAUAAACUGUUGUAGAAGCAUACUAUAGGUCUUUGGGCUGUGAUGCAAGAUGUAAAAUGUAGGGUUGUUGUAAAGAUAUUUAAUAAACUAUGGAGAUUAUUUGCUACAAGGAGAUUAUUGCUAUAAAUAUAUGUUGGGAGUGAAAAUUAUCUGAUUUUAAAAACAUGUUUCUGUUAAAGAUGGUUUUCAAAAUGAUGCAUGAAAUUUAAUAUGUAGUACCAUUAAAAUAAUUUACUGUAGAUCCAUGUAGUACCAUUAAAAUAAUUCACCAUAGAUCACAUUACAAGUAGCACCAAUGUCUACUGCAAAGUAAACAAAUCUUCAUACAUGUGCUCUCUGCAGUCUUCAGUCCUCCAUCUAUGUUGCAUGUAUCAGGCAGCAGUGAUUAUCCUGUAACUACAUAUUGCCUUAAUCUAGUAGAAAAGGAACAGUCUGGGGUUGCCAGCCAUCUUGCUCAGAUAAUUUUACAAUCCAGUUGACAUUGUCAUACUUACCCCAUGAUCAAGAGAAAAAUUAUUUUAAUACUAUGUGAGGUUCAAGAGCCAUAUAGAAUUACAAAAUUGAAAAUUUCAAUCAGUUCCUAGACAUGGUAUCAAUUCAGUAAUUCCAAACUUAAUGAUUUGCAUAUACAUUUCUGUAGAGGCUAUAGGGCUUCUGUCCAAGAUGGAUAUACCAUGUGGGUAGUGUAUAUAUUUCUGUAGAGGCAAUAAGGCUUCUAAGAUGGAUAUACAAUGUGGGUAGUGUGUACCAGGUGAGAGAUGCAAUUGUCUGUGGUGGUAAAGAAACACCAAACCUUACUGAUUUUGAGAAAUCUGGACUCUGGUAUUUAAGUGAAAGCGUUGUGAUGUCUCAUUACCAGUUCAUGAUUAAUGGCAUAUCACUGGUGUACCUGGAAUACCCAUAUACUAACAGAUUAUAAAUGUCAGUUUUGUAAAAAUAAAUAAAUAAAUAAAUAAAAUAAAUAAUUAAAAAUUAUUUAUAAAUAAAUAAACUUAACUAAUAACUAAGAAUUACUGACAAAGUUUAUUUAUGUAAGGAUUAUCACAAUUGAAUGUAACCUUCCUCUUACCACCUCUUACCAGGUCUUUUCACUAUCUUGUAAACUUUGUGAUAGUCUACUAUAUGUUAGUAACAUUGUGCACAAGUGCUUAAUCAAAGCUGACAAUUGACUGGUGAUGGGGAAGAAGUUUAUAUUAAGUUUUUACCUUUAGUUGUUGUUUAUUAUUAUUUUGAUAUUCUAGAUACUUGCUGGAAAUCUAACAGAAGCAUGCUACAGACAUCAAAUUAUUCUUGAAGAACAAACCUCAGUAGAGUAACUAACCCAAUUUUCAACAAGGCUAUUUCACAGUAUUUCAGCUCGUGCUGUAAUAUCCUCAUCCCUUAAAUAACAAUCAGUGAAAGUAAGAAACACAUGUAGGACUAUGUAUUGAAUUGAUACACUUACCAACAGACCAAUAAAGUUAGUUAGCAUAACUUCAAAAAAAGUGCUACAAGUACAGCAGUGAUGUAUCAGGUAUUAAAUUUUAGAGCUCUGGAUGUGGAGGCACAUGCAUUCCUCGUAAAAUUUGAAGAUGGAGCUGGACACACAUUCCUCAUAAAAUCCAGAGGUGGAGCCAGAUAUGCAUUUCUCAUAAAAUGCUGUUGCAAAUAAGAUGCAGAUGUUAAAAUAUCAAUAUUUACAGAAGUAGAUGUGGUUGCAGAUCUUUUACUCCAUAUCCACAUGCAGAUGUAUAACAGUAAUACAAAGUGCUUCAUAUCAGCCACAUAAAGCCUGAGAGUGGAAAGAGAAAGAUGACAACAAAAAAUGUUAAAUAAAUGCAAAAGGAGAUAUAAGUAAAAUGUUUAAUACAUUUCUAGAACUUAAAAAUGUAGCUGGGGAAGGGGAGUACAGGUGCUAAGGAGAUGGAGGGAGUAGAAGUGGAUAUGGAGAGGAUGGAGCAAGGAGAAAAGGAAGAGACAGGAAAAGGGGAGUAUGCAUUCCCCAUUACUUCCUCUCUCCAUCUAUUUCUUCACUCACUCCUCACUCCUUAUAGGUCUUCUCUUUACCUUCUCCCCAUACUUUCAUCCUCCUCCUCCACCCUUCCUCCACUUCCUUACCCCAAUUACCCUCCUUCCUUUGUUAUGAACUACUCCUCCACAUUAGUAGAUCCCUUUCUCCCCAUGUACCUUUCUUCAUUCCUGUUUCAUUUUGUCUCAAACCUCCCUUCCUGUCAACUCCCCUUCCCUUUUAUAUCCAAGAUAAAGGUACAUACUCCACUCAACUUUCUCCCCCUCACUCAUUCUUCAGAAUUGUUCUUACUCGGCCACACUUCAUCUUUUGCUAACUUUCACACUCACUCAUGUUUGUGUUGUCUCACUCAUGCAUGAUCUAUAUAAAUAGCACUCACUCCCAUCCCCACUCUUAAUCUUACUCAUAUUAGCACUUAAUCUCUUCAACCAUUUCAUCUAACACUCUUUUUUUUCUUUCUUGCUGACUCUCAAUCAUGCUUAUUCUCAUUUCCUUUCUGUCUACAGUCAUUUUCAAUAUUAAUCUCUCAUCUCGUGCUUGCCUUUCAUUCAACCCACUCAAACUUAGCCUAAUUCAACUCACACUCAUGACUCUCUCUCUCUCUCUCUCUCUCUCUCUCUCUCUCUCUCUCUCUCUCUCUCUCUCUCUCUCUCUCUCUCUCUCUCUCUCUCU